GGGCUCGUGGACGAGGCCAUCAAGACCGUCGAGGACCUGAAGCCGAUGUGCCUGGACAUGGGCCAGGACUAUCAGACCCGCGUGCAGAAGCGCGAGGAGGAGAUCGCCGCCCUGAAGCAGGCGAUCACGAUCCUCACGCCCGCCGCGUGA